ACCCCAGGAGUGGCUGUGGGCCCCCGUAGCAGCUGACGUGUCUCUUGCCAAGGAGAGGACUGGAGCGAGUGGCGUGGUGAGGAGAAGGCAAGCUGGUACCAUGGGCACGUCUGUCUUCCUGUGUCUCUUUGUUAUCCUACUUACCAGAUGCUCCCCAUCUGGAUGUGCUGGAGAUGUUGACUCUGCAUCCCACAGCACAGCCAGCACCACAGAGAAACCUAUCCUGUUAAACAACAUCGCAGAUGCUGAAGCCUUUGUCAGUGGUGCAGAGGUGGCAGUCAUCGGAUUCUUUCAGGAACCGGAGAGCACCGAAGCGUCCCAGUUUCGCCUGGCGGCCGGCCGGAUCCCGGAGGUGCCCUUCGGCCUCAGCACCAGCCCCGCCGUCCUGUCCCACUACGGCGUCUCGGCGAACACCGUCACGCUGUUCCGCAGGGUAGACAAUGACCGGAGGAAUCUGGAUAUGAACAACGAAGAUGUUGAUACUGAGAAGAUGACUCGUUUUGUUCGGAUAAAUGAGCUCCGCCUGGUGACAGAGUACAACCCUGUGACAGCAAUAGGUGUGAUGCAGAGUUCGCUCCAGUUUAACCUCCUCCUGAUCACAGACAAGAUGUCCCCAAAGCACCCUGAGCGAAUGCGCAAGUUUCGGGCGGCAGCAGAGCUCUUCAAGGGAAAGAUUCUCUUUAUCCUGUUAGACAGCAAUUUGAAGAGCAAUGAACCAGUAGUGUCAUACUUCCAGCUGAAGAAGUCCCAGCUACCAGCUCUGGCUGUAUUCCACACACCAGAUGAUGAGCAUGAUGUGAUGACUGUGGAUGAAAUCUCCAUUGAGCGUGUGCAGGACUUCUGUAAUCGUUUCAUACAAAGAAUGAAGAAGAAAGAAGACGAAUCUGAGAAGCCCCUCAAUGAGGAACUCUGAUUCUUUCUCAGCCAACAGGAUGACUGUGCCCAGAAUCAUCUUAUUCUGGUGUAUUAAGAGUUCACUUCACCCUGCAGCUCGACAAUUUCUGAACCAAGUUGGUCAUGUAUUCCCAUCACCAUUCUAUGUAUAUAUAUGCUGUCUAUCCUCUCCAGAAAUCUCUUAUCUCUUCUCAUUUGUUGGCUCCAGUUCACUUCUUUUCAGUACUCCAGUACCUUUGGUAUUGCCUUACGAUGUGUCCUUCCAUGCCACUCUGUUGGAGCAAAGAGUGGCGUAGCAAAAUGGCAAUAUCAGAGGUAAAGCUAGUAGUUCCCAGGGAUCUGUUUCCCUCAUUCUCUUGGCUUUUGGUGAUAUGCUGGGAUCCACUGUCAGCCUUUCCCGACACUACAAAUGGGUUGCUUGCAUGAUGUCACAUGAACUUUUCCAUUUAUUUUACUAAAUAAAGCAAAAAGUGAAUAGCCU